AUGGACUCGCCUGCACCAGAGUUCAUUAGUCAUUUGUUUGGAGUUAGUGCUGAUUCCUCCAUGCAACUGCUCCUGAUCAUGGUGGAGGAUAAGGUCCUUAGUAUAGUGCAUGAGGAAUUAAAUGAAUCAAUAGAAGAUGUGGUGAGAACUGUUGCCACAACCAAAUUUGGAAACGAUACAGACAGACUAGCCUUGCUUGAGUUCAAGAAUCGGAUCAUUAAUGGCGAUUCCCUUGGAGCACUUGGUUCUUGGAACGAUUCUCUCCAUUUCUGUCAAUGGCCUGGUGUCACAUGUGGUCGUCGUAGGCAUCAACGAGUUACUGUCCUCAACUUACAAAACCUUGAUCUUCUUGGAACUAUAUCUCCUUACAUUGGGAACCUCACUUUUCUUCAAACUAUCAACCUCCAAAAUAACUUCUUCCAUGGCGCCAUCCCCCAAGAGGUUGGUCAUUUGUUCCGUCUACACAAUAUCUCUGUUAACAAUAAUACUCUAGAAGGAGAGAUACCAACUAAUCUGACCCACUGCUAUAACCUCAGAGUCCUCGAUGUGAAGUAUAACAACCUCAACGGAAAGAUUCCUAGAGAACUUGGGUCUUUGUCCAAACUUACUUCUUUCUACCUACGUCGCAACUACUUCAUCGGACCGAUACCAGCUUCUUUAGGGAACCUUUCAUCGCUACGAGAUCUUGCGAUAUCAGAGAAUGGUUUGGAGGGAAAUGUUCCAGAAGAUCUAGGCCGACUGACACACUUGACUUACCUUUCUAUUCAUUUAAAUAAUCUCUCUGGUAUGCUCCCUAACUCACUUUACAAUAUAUCAUCUCUCAAGAUCAUUUCUGCCUCAGACAAUCAAAUGCAUGGGAGCCUUCCACCAGAUAUAGGCCUCACCCUUCCAAAUCUCAGUUUUUUCAGUAUUCCUUCAAACCGAUUUACUGGAGGAAUUCCAGUUACCCUGCUUAACAUUUCAAAACUCGAAACAUUUGAUAUUGGCGAUAACAGUUUUGGUGGAACAGUCCCCACUCACCUGGGUGUCCUUCGAAAUCUCUACUGGCUAAACAUUGCUUAUAAUGGAUUUGAAUCUGAUGAAUUAAGCUUCCUCGCUUCCUUAGCCAACUGCUCAUAUUUACGAGUAUUGAACGUAAAUGACAAUAUGCUCAGAGGUUCAUUGCCGAGCGCUAUAGCCAACCUCUCCAUCCGGCUUGAAUAUUUAGCCCUUGGAGGCAACCAAAUAUCUGGAAGCAUCCCCACAGAAAUUGAUAAUCUCAUCAGUUUAUUAGCGUUUGGCGUGGAGGAAAAUUUCUUAACUGGUAAAAUUCCUCCUACCGUAGGAAAGCUCCAGAAUCUAAAUGAAUUGAACUUGAGGGACAAUAGAUUCUUUGGAUUGAUUCCAUCCUCCAUAUGCAACAUCACUUUUCUCUAUAAACUCGACUUAGGAGGGAAUAAACUUGGUGGAAGAAUUCCUUCUAGCCUUGGAAAUUGCCAAAAUCUACAAGUAUUGAAACUUGAUUACAACAAUCUUAGCGGUACCAUACCCAAAUCCAUAUUUGGACUUUCUACCCUAUUGACGAACCUUAGCCUAGCUCAUAAUUCUCUUUCAGGUUCUCUACCAUUGGAAAUAGGCAAGUUACAAAAUAUUGGAUUUCUGGAUGUCAGCGAAAAUAAGUUAUCGGGUGAAAUUCCUACCACCAUUGGUGAUUGUUUCAGUUUAGAAUACCUUUCUUUGGAGGGUAACUUCUUUAAUGGAACUAUUCCGCUGACACUGGGUUCAUUGAAAGGUAUUCGAAUUCUAGAUCUUUCAAGGAACAACUUAUCAGGGUGGAUACCAGAAGAUGUUGAAAAUCUCGCCUUUUUGGAAAGUAUGAAUCUAUCAUUCAACAAUCUUGAGGGUGAGGUACCAACUAAAGGAGCUUUUGCUAAUCCAAGUAUAAUUUCAGUGGUUGGAAAUGAUAAGCUUUGUGGGGGUAUCAUGGAACUACAUUUGCCAAUUUGCUCAUCAAAUUCUACAAAAAGAAGAAAGUCUUCUAACACCAAAGUACUAAUCAGUAUAACUACUGUGGUUCCUUGUUGUUUCCUCUUGCUAUCAUGUUUCCUAAUUAUUCUUUAUUGGAAAAGAAACUCCAAAAGGAAACCUUCGGAUACACCUCCCAUGAAUGAUCAUCAACUUCUAAAGGUUUCUUACAAGGAACUCUUUCAAGCUACCGGCGGAUUUUCUAUGGAGAAUUUAAUUGGCUCGGGUAGCUUUGGCUUUGUGUACAAAGGAAUUCUCAGUCAAGGAACAAUUGUUGCAGUAAAGGUUCUCAAUCUUCAGCGACCAAGAGCUACCAAAAGUUUCAUGGCUGAAUGCAAUGCAUUGAGAAACAUUCGGCAUCGAAAUCUGGUUAAGCUUUUAACUUGUUGUUCAAGUUUGGAUAUAAUAGGGAAUGAUUUCAAAGCUCUAGUUUUUCAUUAUAUGCCCAAUGGAAGUCUUGAUGAGUGGUUGCAUUUGGAUGUGAAUACACACAGAGGGAGUCUAAACAUUCUUCAAAGGUUAAAUAUUGCAAUUGAUGUAGCCACGGCAUUGGAUUAUCUUCAUCACCAUUGUCAAACACCAAUAGUUCAUUGUGAUUUGAAGCCGAGCAAUGUUCUUCUUGAUAAUGAUAUGACCGCUCAUAUUAGUGACUUCGGUCUAGCAAAGCUACUCUUACAAGUCAGCAAUGAUUCUUGUUCGAUCCAAACUAGCUCAUUUAGAUUGAAGGGGACUAUUGGCUACACUGCUCCAGAGUAUGGUACAAGUGGUGAAGUAUCAACACAUGGAGAUGUGUACAGCUAUGGAAUCCUCUUGCUAGAGAUGUUUACCGGAAGAAGACCAACAGAUGAAAUGUUUAGAGAUGAUUUUAACCUCCAUAAAUUUGCAAAGACGGCUUUGUCUGAACAAGCUGUGAUCAGGAUUCUGGAUCCAACAUUACUCCUAACCAACCAUGUAAGAGGAGAAAUAGAAGAUGAAGCCACAACGAACUUUGAAAAUCUUGAUCACAAUUACGUGGCGGAUAAAAUGCAAGAGUGUAUCACUUCAGUACUGAAAAUUGGAGUCCAAUGCUCCGCUGAAUCUCCCAGAGAAAGAAUGGACAUGAGUGAUGUUGUAAGGGAAUUGAUCAAAAUCAAGGAAAUCUCUCUUGAAACCGGCGUUCAUUAA